AGUCUUAAGUCGGAUCUACUUAUGUCUUUGGACUAAUCAAUCCUUACAAAAACCCGAUUCAAAUCCCUCUCUCUCUCUCUCUCUCGCUCGCUUCGCUCGCGCACACUCACAUUGCCGUUUGCCGGUUCUCUCUCUUCAUCGACGCGGGAGAAGGAGAGAGGGUCGAAUUAAUCCUUGGCCUCCAGUUCCUGCACCAAGGGUCCUCAGAGGAGAGAACAGAGGAGGGAAACAAUCGGAAAGAAGGUCCGCAUCUUCCAGAAGAUGGCGUUAAGUCUGCGGCAGAAACAAACUAAUUGCAUCGUCCGGAUGCUGAAUCUGAAUCAGCAACCCCUGACGGCGCUGGGAGGCACCGGCAACGGUGGACCGGCGGAGGAGGUCUACAAGAUCCUGAUCUUGGAUCGGCUCUGCCGCGACAUUCUCUCGCCGUUGAUCCACGUUAAGGACCUGCGGAAGCACGGGAUCACUCUGUUCUUCUCCAUAGACAAGGAGCGCCAAACGAUCCCCGACGUGCCCGCGAUCUAUUUCGUGCGCCCCGACUCGACCAACGUCCAGAGGAUUAUUGCCGACGCUUCCCGCGGCCUCUACGAGAGCUUCCACCUCAACUUCUCGUCGUCGCUGCCCCGGCCUCUCCUUGAGGAACUUGCUUCCGGCACUCUGAAAUCCGAUUCGAUCAGCAGGAUCUCUAAGGUGUACGAUCAGUAUGUGGAGUUCAUCACCCUUGAGGACAACAUGUUCUCGCUUGCCCAAGAGUCCGUGUAUGUCCAGUUGAACGACCCUUCCGCCGGAGAGGCAGAAAUCGAAGCCAUCAUGGACCGGAUCGUGGGCGGACUAUUCUGCGUUUUGGUGACUCUCGGGGUGGUGCCAAUCAUCCGGUGUGCGAGAGGCGGACCUGCAGAAAUGGUAGCCACGGCCCUUGAUGCUCGUCUUAGAGAGCACCUCGUUUCCAAGAAUAAUCUGUUUGCGGAAGGCGGGAAUCUUGGUGCCUCGCAUCAGCGGCCGGUCCUAUGCCUGUUUGAUCGGAAUUUUGAGCUUUCGGUCGGUAUCCAACAUGAUUGGAGCUACAGACCACUGGUUCACGACGUACUCGGAAUGAAACUUAAUAAGAUAAGCGUUCCGAGCGAUGCCUCAGGCGGGAAGGGGAGAGGGGCAGCCUCAAUGGUGCCUUAUGAACUCGACAAUUCUGACUCGUUCUGGGUUGGGAACGCCUCGUCUCCUUUUCCAAAGGUGGCAGAAGAGAUUGAGAUCCAACUGAGCAAGUAUAAGCAAGACGUGGAGGAGGUGAAUAGGAAAACUGGGGGACAGGACGGAGUUGAUUUUGAUGGGCAGGAGUUGAUUGGGAACACAAAACAUCUUAUGAAUGCUGUAAAUUCACUGCCCGAACUGACUGAGAGAAAGAAGGUGAUCGACAAACACACAAAUAUUGCAACGGUUUUGCUUGGAGAGAUCAAAGAAAGGUCGUUAGAUUCUUACUGCAACUUGGAGAAUGACAUGUUGACAAAGGGAAGUGUGGAGAAGGGCCAGUUGCUGGCUGCAUUGAGGGGGAAAGGCACAAAGGCAGAUAAGCUCCGGCUGGCCAUAGUUUACCUCCUUGCUGUGGAGGCAACUCCACAGUCUGAUGUUGAAUCACUUGAGGCCGCUUUGAGGGAAUCGGAGGUGGACACAUGUGCUUUUCAGUAUGUGAAGAAGAUAAAGUCUCUAAACAUCUCAUUGGCAUCUGCAAACUCCGCGAGCAGGAGUAACAUUGUCGAUUGGGCUGAGAAACUAUAUGGUCAAUCCCUUAGUGCUGUCACUGCAGGUAUGAAAAACCUUCUUUCCGGGGGAAGGCAGCUUGCCUUGACGAGAACUGUAGAAGCCUUAAUGGAGGGCAAGCCGAAUCCUGAUAUUGACUCUUAUCUUCUUUUUGAUCCUCGUGCUCCUAAAUCAAGCUCUGGAAUGGGUAACGUAUUGAGAGGUCCUUUCAAGGAAGCAAUAGUUUUCAUGAUUGGUGGUGGAAACUAUAUAGAGUAUAGUAGUUUGCAGGAACUAGCUCAACGCCAGCCUCCUAAGCACGUUAUUUAUGGAACAACUGAGGUUCUUAAUGGUGUAGAGUUUGCAGAACAACUAAUGGUGUUGGGCAGAAAGAUGGGUUUGGGCAGCAGUGUGCCUUCUCAUGAUUAGAGAAACAGUUGCAUGGGCAAGUACCAGCAAGCUGGGCAACGAGGUUCACAAAAUGGUAUUUCAUUCUGAACGUACUGGGUUAUGGCCAAUUUGGUUGCCUAAAAAUUGCAAAUGCUUUUAGUUUUAUAAGGCACUCUUGCAUGUUUGUCCAUAGAACAAAGAACUGCUUCAUGCAAGUG